AUGAACAAAGGUUCAGAGGAGGAAGAGACUGGGCGUGUGCCAGAAAUAAUGAGGACAUCAGUAUGGAACAAUUUCAUCUGUUUUUGCUUACCUUACUUACUGAGUAAUCAGACCCUGACUAACUGUAUUUCCUUACUUAGUGGUUGCUUCUCCUAUCUUCUACUCAUAGUGCUUCCCGGCAGAAUGAACAAAUGUGUGAAAUCUGAACUGACUACACUGCUGUUAGACAACUACAAUAUUUCCAUCUACGACCUAAACGGAGACCCGAAAGGUCAGGAAUUAUGGCCUAACUACUAUGCACAGGCCCAUGGGAUUGUUUUUGUGCUGGACUCCAGUGACUUAGGACGCAUGCAAGAAGUGAAAAUCAUCUUACCACGUUUGCUGUCUGAUGAGCGAGUGGCAGGAAAACCGAUUUUAUUCCUGGCAAACAAACAAGACAAGAAGGAUGCCCUCCUGCCUCGUGAAAUUGUUGAGUACCUGCUCCUGGAAAGGCUAGUAAAUAAGUCCCUGUACCGAGUGGAGCCUUGUUCAGCCAUCAAAAACUUCCAAAAAAGAAACCAUCAGCCCAUAAUUGAAGGGCUGCGCUGGUUAUUAGCUGCCAUCGGGGAUAAAUAUGAAGAGCUAUGUACUAGUCAACAGCAAUGUGGAAUGGGACUAUCACCUACCUCAAGAAACCCAACCUCCAAGGGCACCAGAAGCUCUAGAGAAAGAUGUUCAUUCAGCAGCUUCUACACUAGGAUGAGAAUGACCAAACAGAAAAGACUGGACUUAGGACACCAUUCAGUAGAAGCUAGACCCCUAAAACCAAUCCUUCAGAAGGAAGGUUUACUAAGACCUAAAAAGAAUACACCAGUAACAUUUGCUUUAGAUGAACCAAUGGAAGAAGGUGAAUGUUCUACAGGAAGUGAAGAUCAGAAAGCUAAUGAGCUCCACUACAAUCAAAGUGCUAACUUGCAGACUUCAGCUCCAUAUAUUGAUGAUGAUUCUUUUGAAGGUAAUAUUGGACCAGUGGUUAGUCAGAGAAGAUAUACAGGCCUUCCCUCACAAUUUCUAAAAUAGUAUUUCUAUUUUGAGUCUGAAACUUAUACUAUGGUUGGUGGUUAGGAGAAGAAGAGAAGCGGAAGUACAGGAAGAGUGCUUGGGGAUCAAGAGUGCUUGGGGAUUGCCUUCUGGAAGCCCAGUAUGACUCCCAGUACUGGGUGAGACAAGAUCUUUGGAUGGCUAUGUUUUUGUUGUUGUUGUUGUUGUUGUUA